AUGACACAAAGCACUAUGGUUAUCCCAGAAACUGUGUGUGCAUUCAAUCGGAGUGUUGCCACCAACUUUCUGUACCUUCUACCAGAAAUUAUGUGUUCCUUGUCUGGAAUCGCAUCCGUUGUAGUCAUUGCUUACUCCUUUUUCCUCUACGGGUUUCGACUUUUGUUCCAUUAUAAUGCAAAAAUCCUAAUGAUCCUUCUCACGCUGUUCAUUCUAAUCUUCUCACUUGAUAUCAUUUUUGUCUGCACCCGUCAAGUAUACAUUGCUCUCACGUUUCAAAACGACUGUGACUUGGUAUUUGAUACCGCGUCGUGUUCUAUUUUCAGAAGAGUUGCUUUGACAUGUUUUGUGGGCGUCACCUCUACUCAGUUCUCCCAAAUGCUCGAGAGACUGGUAGCAACUGUUCUAAAAGAAAAAUAUGAGUUUCAAACUCAAUGGCUUGGUGGCUUAUUCAUACUUUUCUCGGUUCUCUCCGCGAUCCUCGCUGUAGAAUGGACCCUAUGGAACGAGAACCCGUUGGAACCUAUGACACACUGUCUUGCAUACUCUGCAUCUGACUCUAUAGGAGAAAGGGCCUACAUGAUGUUUUAUGGAAUACUAGCUGUGGACUUACUUAUAUUAAUAGUAUUCCUCGCAUUGUAUCAAAAUAAUAAACGGAAAGUUUUAACGGCUGGCCUCAACAAGAAAUACCAACAGUAUGAAAAUUUGGUGGUUCUCCGUGCCUUAUUCCCGAUGGUUCUGCUAAACACAAUAUUUGUGUCAACUUAUAUCCUAACCGCUAUGGUAGUAAGAUUCUUCCGGGAAUGUAUGACAAUCACAAACUAUAAGUUAAUUGCAAUUAACACAUUUAUUUUUCCAUACGUGUCACUAUUGCUAGCGGUUACUAUCUUGAUCACUACUAAAAGUGAAUUCCGUCGUAGACAGCAGAGGAAACUCAAGCCUAAUGGGAAGAUUACAACGCAAACAUAUUUCAACCAAUAUCAGCGGCAAUGGAGUGUAAUAUCAGAGAGAAAAUGA